AUGUCUCUCUUUGGCCCUUCUCCAGCAGACACGGAAUCAUGGACCCUGCCGGUAUGGGGCGUCGUAUUUGAUCGACUGACAAGUGGAAGCGUUGCCACCAAGCACUUCAAUACUACUAGCGGAAAGGCGAUUGGCGAGCGGACGGCAAGGCAGCAGAUUGAAUGGGCUACCAAGCUUGACCUCCCGAGCCUAAAGCAAAAGACAAUUGAUACAAUUUUGAACAGGUUCACGGGUUUCUCCCUGGGAGUUCGAUACAUGGAAGAAAGUAAAAUCCAUGCCAUUCAUCGACUCAUUGAAGAAGAUGCUCCCCUCCGAGAGAAAACAGUCGCUUGGCUGGAGAAGGAAGAGACCCGAGACAUGUUCUUGUCGAUGAUCAGAUCGUAUGAUAGCUAUGAGGAGGCCAUGAAAGAUAUUAAAAAGGUCAAGGAUUGGCCCAGAGAGAAGGACAAUCAUCCUUUCAAAACAAACCCGGCCUACGAUGCUGCAGUGAAAUGCCAUAAGUGCCUGAGUUUUCUUGUUGAAGAAGGCUUCGUCACAAUCAACGGCUAUGAUUUAUCCGGACGGAAUUGGUUGGAAGCUGGGUUCAAUGGGAACAACGUUGAACUUCUUGCCGUCGUUGUUGCUAACAUGGAUCCUGCGGAUUUGACCAAGCCUCGGGAUAUUCGAGAGCCUGAUUCAUCCGGGAAUCAUAUUCUGCUGUCAUUAGCUGGACACAAUGCAUUCGAAGCAUUCGAACUCGCCCUGAAUAAGAUGAUCAAGGCGGGGAUUAUUGGAAAGUCGGAACUGAAAGAGAUCUUUCACCCGGCCGCAAUGCACGAACUGUGCGCCAUAGCACCACCAUCCGUUGCAGAAGCACUGUACGCAAAGGGAAUCAACAUUGGCAACGUCGAACACCAGCAUCAUCCACUGGGUGGCCAACUCGACGGCUCGUGGCAUAUGGCAGCAGCAUUCAACCCCAAAGCCCGUGCGAUGGUCGAAUGGCUCGGCAAGUUCUCGACACUAUCGUCCAGCAAUAGAAACCACAUCAACGAAACUCCGCUCAUGUACGCCGCUAAAUCCAACCAGUAUGGCGCAAUCCGCUGGCUCUGCAAGAAUAGCGAUCCUACCCUGCCGCAGUGGGAAGGCGGACCCCCAGCACAUGCCCUACUCUGCGCAGCGAAAAGCUCCUACCAAACCAGCACGGAAAUAUUCUCCGUCAUUCUCGACCACAUUCCUAAACAGAUCAUGACACUCGAAUACGGCAAGAUCUGCGGAACUGAAAUUGCCGCAGGCCUCGUCCAGCAUAAAGAGCUCCUCAGAAAGAGACAAAUUGCAGACCCCAUCCAGGCUGACAUGGAGCGCAUGCAGGUCUUCAAAAUGCAGGCACUGAUCGCCCGCUUGCCACGAGCGUGGCCGGGAAGUACAUGGCAUCUUGCGCUGGAAGCUUACGCCAGUGAUAAUGGAGUCAGUGUGUUGAAACAUAGUAUGGCGACCGAGCCCCGGCGCACGCGAAGUAAUUCAAGUCGGCGACGGGGACCGAAGUCUGCCAGACUUGGACUUGAGAGUGAUGAUGACGAUGAUGAUGAUGCUUCGCUCACUGGAUUGAGUGGGUUAGCCCUCUCGGGUCAGACGUCUUUGCACCGAAGUAAAGCGGUUAGGAGGAGGGGAAGGCCGUCGGAUCGGUCUAGUAGUCGUACGAGGGAUACUGCACUAGGCAGAACUAGAGAUUCGAAUAAUAUGGUCUCAAAGAGUGUGCGUCGGAGGCAAACGGAUAGAUGA